AGUGAAAUCACAAACACAAAAUAGUACACUAGUGCUGAAAUAAAAAUAAACAUAAUUUGUUCUAUUUGCUGAUUGAAAAACCGAAAUUUCUUAAAGCUUGCCACACACAAACAUAACCUGUGCCUGCUAAAAGAACCGGUAUAUCCGAAUCAGCAUCCAACGAAUAGAACAAUUCUUUAAGAAAUCUCGUUGCCAUGGAUCCCGACGAAACGCCACUAACGGGAGAAAGUAACUGUGUAAAUUGCGAUCGUCCAGAUUCGGCAGAUAACCUCGUUCAGUGCGAUCGAUGCAGCACGUGGUGGCACAUGAAGUGUGCCGGAGUAACCAACUCAGUAGAAGAUCGUUCAUGGAGCUGCAGCAAAUGUGUUCACGUUACAUCCGAGGUGGGAUCGGUGAGAUCAGUUUCCAGUGCCAAGUCAAAACGACUUUCCUUGGCAAUGAAAAAUUUGCAGGAGGAAUAUGAGUUAAAAGUGAAACAACUUAAGGAUCAGCAGAAUUUGGAGAGAGACCUUCUCGAGCAAAAGUAUGCCUGCUUUGAAGCCGCUAUGGAAGAAAAUGAAAGCGACAGCGCCAGCGCUCGAAGCAGGAUGAGUGACGGUGUCAGAAGGACGGAAGUGCAACGUUGGUUUGAAACAAUGAAAGAUGCAGGUGCAACGGCAGCUGGGACUUCAAGGAAACCGACCACUGCCGAUCAAACAAGGUCUAAAGCGGCCAUCAAGAAAACGGACCGAAUUAAUCAAUGGAAUUCAACGCCCAUGUUGAACCCAAGGCAAAAAGAAGUAGACCCCCCACGCCAGGUAACACUAUAGACCCUAAGUCGCCACGUCCAGGUGAGUCCAAUCAAAAUGCUAACGAUAUCGCUACUCUCGACCAUCUUACCAAGCAAUUUGGCCUUGAAGCCAUUGAAAAUAUGAACUUACCAACUAAUAUAAAUAUAUUUACACCCUCGCCGUCUCAAUUAGCGGCGAGACAAGUCAUGCCCCGCGACCUUCCAACCUUUUCUGGCAGUCCAGCUGACUGGCCAGUAUUUAUUAGUAACUUUAUGACCUCAACAUUGGCGUGUGGCUAUAGCCCCGCCGAGAACUUAAUCAGACUACAACGCUCCCUGAAAGGCCCUGCCCUGGAAGCGGUGCGUAGUCGACUCCUUCUCCCAGAAUCUGUUCCGCAUAUUGUAGAUACGCUUCGCUUAUUAUACGGUCGUCCAGAGCUAUUGAUAAAUGCGCUCAUUGAUAAGGUCCAUACCGUCCCCGCGCCGAAAGCUGAGAAACUCGAAUCUCUCAUCGACUUUGGGAUGGCAGUACAAACACUGUGUGACCAUCUCGAAGCUGCAAAUCAACAAGCUCAUCUGUCAAAUCCGUCAUUGAUGAUCGAGUUGGUGGAUAAAUUACCAGUACACGUAAAGAUGGAGUGGGUGAAAUAUAUGGAGACGCGAAAAGAAGUUAAUUUGAAAGUUUUCGGUGAAUUUAUGCAGGGAAUUGUAAAAUCAGCGAGCCGGGUCACACUCUACACGGGAAGUGCGAACGAAGCAGACGAUAAUCGGAAACAAAAGCGCGCAGCAAUCAACUCACACUCAGAAGUGCGGCAAAAUGGUAACGUAGAAGGGACAGACAAAAUUUGUCCAGCUUGUAAUCA